CUGACAUAAAAACUGUCCCCAAGUAGCAGAGUGUUUAUUUGUCGGACAAAAACAGCAGCACUUCAAUGCAAGGUUUUAGGAUGGUACCGACUUUGUUAUCCGCACUCUUCCUAACUUUGUUUGGUCCAUUCAUCGACUGUGGAUCUGUCCAAGCAAAGGUCCUUCAGGCCUCACUCAGAGCGGACAGCAGGGAGACACCAGCGGGUGGCAGUGUGACCCUGACCUGCUCUGUGGACGCGUCUGCAGACUGGAGAUACUACUGGUUCAAAAAACAAACAUCAGAAUAUUCUAAAUCUUUCAUGAUACAAAGUGGAACAGCAGAACAGAAUAUUACUGUUUCAGAAGAAGGCAUCUACUACUGCAGAGGAGGAAGAGGAGAUCCAGUUGUUUUCACAGAGGACAGCAACACAGUUACGAUCGACAUAAUAAACACACCUUCCAAGGCAGCAAGGAUAACACUAAAUCCCAGCUGGAUCAAAAUAUUUACCGGAGAGAGGAUGAGUCUGACGUGUGUCAUCUCGGAUGGUGACGGCACUCAGUGGGAAUACGAAUGGAAAACGACGAGCUCGGAAAAACCAGUGAAAAGCACUGAAGACUGGGUCUUCUAUACCUCCGUUUCCAGUGAUGGUGACUACUGGUGCAGAGGGAAACAGAAGAUGGACUUGCGUCCCACAACGUGGAGCUAUCCCAUCAGAUUGACUGUGCUUUCAAGCAAACCAAAAGCAACACUAAAUGUUGCCUUGUUUCGUUGGGAUGGAGUUUGGACUCUGACCUGCUCUGUGAAUACAUCACCCUCUACCUGGAAAUACUUCUGGUAUUUGGGUGAAAUACCCUCUGAAAUCAUGCCGGGAGAGGAUGCUACUGUGAGCAACAGACAAAUCGUUGUCUCCCAGAGAGGACUCUACUGGUGCAGAGGAGGAAGAGGAGAGCCAGUUUACUACACAGAGUUCAGUGAGCCACUGAAAGUCGGCACAAACCCAACAACAGAGGAGUCAGAGUCAGCAGCAGGCCCAACUCCUCCUACCAGGGUAACUCGUCCACCAUGUGAAAAAGAGGGAAGCGGCUCACCUGAAACUUCUCCACUUAUGACGGGGAUGGUUUGUGGAAAUCUCCUACUCUGUGGAAGUCUGGUUUUGCUGUUAAUAAUUUUGCUCAGAAAAAUCAAAGAGCUUUCCUCACAUUUGGAAUCCAAUCGAGCCUCUGGUGAAAAACAAAGAACCGACCCGGAUCCAGACAGUCCUUACAGUCAUCUUACCCAUGGCGACAUAGCUAUCUAUGAAUCCAUCCGCCCAAGCAGAAAUCUUGACACUGGUCCAGAAGAAAGAGGAGAGGCGCAAACAUCUGCUGUCCUUUAAAAUCACCAAGACAUCUUUCAGCUUCAAUAAAGACCUACGUAAUCUGUGUGUAAUUUAAUCACCACUCAUAAAAUUACUUAGAAAACAAGCUUAUGUAAUUGAUCAUUCACUAAUGUAUUGCUUAUGAAAAUGGAAACUAGAAAUGGAAGACAAAUCAUAUAAUUUUGUCUUUGAAUAACAACCUCCUCCUCCUGUUUCCCCCUGCUUUAUAAAUGCAAUGCUUUGCUUUAAAUGUCA